GCGCACAGAGCUCGGGGCGGUGCCACUGUAUAAAACCUGAGCAAAUCCAAACUCCAACUCCCGAACACUCUUCGUGCCCUCUCCUGUCCUGCUCUGUAAAGAACCAGCCAUGCCUUCAGAACUCGAGAACUGUAUGGAGGGCCUGAUCAAGGUCUUCCACCGCUACGCCAAGAACGGGAACCUCAGCCGCAAAGACCUACGAGAGCUGAUGGAGUGUGAGCUCGCCAACUUCCUCAGGUCUCAGAAGGACCCUGGCGCCGUGGACAAAAUCAUGAAGGAUUUGGAUGCUAAUGGAGAUGGGCAGGUGAACUUUGAGGAGUUUGUGUCUCUGGUUGUUGGACUUUCUAUCGCGUGUGAGCAGUGCUAUCAGAUGCACAUGAAGAAAGGAAUGAAGUAAAGGAACCAAACGAUAGAAGA